AUGGAAGAAUAUGGGUUUUCAAGUCAAAAUGACAUGAAGUAUUUGAGUGGUAAUCUUUUCAGCACCACCAAGCAUCAGCUCUUGGCAUUCGAAGCGGUAUCUGACAGUUUCCUGUGUACUUUGCAUGAGAUUCCUCUUCUCCCCGCGGGACCGUGUUUUUACCUUUUAAGUGAUGCUGAUCAGUGGCAAAUGGAUGCUAGGCUGCUGAAGCUUGGUCUGAAACUUUUAAAACUAAGCUUGAUUCACUUAUAG